CUUUUUUUUUCUCACCGGCGCCCUUUACAGAAAGCCAAGUCUCUCUCUCUUUUUCUCUCCUUCGGCAUCCCGUGGCAAUCUUAAGACCGUUCAUCUUCGGAUGCCGAGAUUGUCGAUCAAUUCUCUGUGCUGGAUUCCGCCUUGGCUUUUCUAGCAUUGUUUCACUUCAUUCCAUCACGUUGGGCUUCUCGUCGACUCCAUUUGUCGGGAUGUUCUGUUGAUCGUGUUGAUCUGUUGCUCUCCACUGUGAAUUCUGCUCACUGUCAUUUUGGCUUUAUCCGGCCUUGGGUAGAGAUUAUACGGGUCCAUAAGUCUACUUGCUCUCUGCAUCGUCUACAUCACUGUUUUCGUUUCUGCAUCCCUCCUUUCACAUAUGCAUCCUAAACACAUUUCGCUGCAGUCCUUUCUAUACCCUCAAGGCCAACAACAUCACCACCAAGGUUAUCCCUUAUGGCGCCCGGUUGACUUCCCUCCUGGUCCCGACAGGGAUAGCCAGUUCCAAGAUAUCGUUGUGGGCUAUGACGACCCCCGACGGUACCUGCAGGACACCCUAACCAACCACACUUAUUUUGGCGCCGUGAUCGGCCGUGUCGCCAAUCGAAUCCGGAAUGGCACCUUCACCCUCGACAGGAACGAGUAUCAUAUCCCUAAGAACGAGAAUGGGAUUGAUACCCUCCAUGGUGGCGAUUUUGGUUAUGACCAGCGCAACUGGACAGUGACCUCGUAUACCGAGUCUUCCAUCACCUUCAUGUAUAUCGACUAUGCAGAGGAGGGCUACCCGGGCGAUGUCCUCACUCAUGCCAUGUUCAGCGUUGAUGCUAAUCAGACCGAAGAAAACUCGAAUGGUCUGCCCCAGCUGACUACCGAGCAGAAUGGAACAAUCUCCUUUAAGGAAUCCCAGGUGAAGCGGAACAAGGGAGAAGGCGUGGAUGUGGUGAACCAGUAUGGAUGUAUUGCCAUUGAGCCUGAAGGCGGGGUCGAUGGCAUCAACCACCCGGAAUGGGGACAGCUGCCAAACCAGGUUUUUUCGCCAGAAACAGAGCCUGCUGUGAACUUUGCAAAGUACAGAUUCGGCAUGGAGUGGGUAUGCACGGCGAGAUAG